GCGGCGGCGGCCGUGCGCGGACAGACGUGCCCGGAGCGCCGCAGCCGCCAGCAUCCGAGACGCGCCGCGCCGCCGGGCCGCGCCCGCCCGCCCCCCGCCAUGGUGGCAUGGAUCAUCUCCAGGCUGGUGGUGUCAAAUGGAUGAUGUACUGGAUUAUAUUUGCACUUUUCACCACAGCAGAGACAUUCACCGACAUCUUCCUUUGUUGGUUUCCAUUCUAUUAUGAACUAAAAAUAGCAUUUGUAGCCUGGCUGCUGUCUCCCUACACAAAAGGCUCCAGCCUCCUCUAUAGGAAGUUUGUACAUCCCACGCUGUCCUCAAAAGAAAAGGAAAUCGAUGAUUGCCUGGUCCAAGCAAAAGACCGAAGUUAUGAUGCCCUUGUGCACUUUGGGAAGCGAGGCUUGAACGUGGCGGCCACAGCGGCGGUGAUGGCUGCUUCCAAGGGACAGGGUGCCUUAUCAGAGAGACUCCGGAGCUUCAGCAUGCAGGACCUCUCUACCAUCAGGGGAGACGGCGCCCCUGCUCCCUCAGGCCCCCCGCCACCGGGGCCCGGGCGGGCCAGCGGCAAACAUGGCCAGCCUAAGAUGUCCAGGAGUGCUUCUGAGAGCGCUGGCAGCUCAGGCACCGCCUAGAAUCCUUCGAUCUCGCUUCAGGAAGAAAAGUACCUCAUCCUCGGCCACUGAAACCACGUGAGUGAGAUGAGCCAACAGCACUGGAUCCACAGAAUGUUUCUUCUCUGCCUUAAAGAGCUAUUUAUUCACUAAUAACAUAGAAACCCGCAAGCUGGUGUACUGAGCGUGCAGCCUCGGACACGGCCUUUCCUCUCUCGCCUGUUCCACUUUUAAGAGUUUCUCUUCCCCCCUCCUUUUCUUUCUUUUGCUGGGGAGAGGCUAAAGGGAAAGGUAGUGUGCCGGGGGUCAGCAGUUUUCCACAACUGGACCGGCAUACAGAUAGCAGUGUUUUAGAAAUAGAAGAGAAUCACCCCCACUGCCGGGAUGCACAUUUGUAAUAUCUUGGUUGCAUACUUGGUUUUUAGUCCUGUAUAUGCAAACAAAGCAACUUUCUUUUUAACUUCUUUUUGUUCUUGGUACUAGUACUUUGGACUACAAUGUACAUAUUUAUGGCUUUUGGCUUAAUAUAGUGGACUUGC